GCCAUAGGCUCGCGGUGUGUUUAUCUCGCGGGUGCGUGCGUUUUUUGUUGGCUCGGUUGGGUGCAAAGACAAAAGUGCAUUCCCGUGUGGACAGCCCAGCUCGCUGACGGGCAUUCGAGAAGGUGCUGUUUUGUGAUUAUCAGUCGGGUGUGAACGAUUUUGGCCAGGUUGCAAGUCGAGAACAAGGAAAAUAAAACAUAGUGAAGUCAUAGUUCUCUAUCGCCCUUUUUGACAGUGCGCGAGAGCAAUGGUAGCAAAUUUUCCUCAGUGAGACGUGAAUCUCGCGAAGUACCGACUGGCAGAGCUGUGGUGUGUGCUGGCGAGAGAAUGGAACUCGGUCAGGAGUCGUCGAGUAUCGCAGAGUGACAGCUCCGUUUUUAGCCCAGUUUUCCCAGUUACCAGUGAAAUCGUGGAGUGAAGUUUCCCGUUCUUAUUUUGCGUUGUUUUGGUAGUGUUUUCCUAGGACAAAGUGUUGAAACUUGCAGUUAAUGUAGUGUGCUCAGAGUUUAUCUUGUUAGUUGACAGUUAGGAUUCUUGUCGUGGCGGGUUUUCCACGGAAAAAGUAGGAAAAUCGGUUCUAUUUAGUGGGCCUUUAAUAGCACCUGGUCCUCUUUCGCUGUGUGUGCACAGGAAAAAACAGCGAAGAAAAUUCAUGCCCACCCCGUGCUGCCUCCCGUGUGUUACUUUCAGUGUCGCUCACAUUUGGGUGGAAAGUUCAUCCCGUCUAUAGUGAUCAGAGGCCAAAAAGCACGUGCGAGUGGUUGUGUGUGUAGCACAAGUCGACUGUUGUAGUGGUGCCGGAGUGUUUUCCAGCGGGUGCGUGUGAACCAUUGUAUUUACACAAAAGUGAAAUAUUUCAAGCCCCAACGUGAUGACGACGACGUCGAUAUUAUCCUUGGACUUCACGUGAAAAGCGGCGGCAACUGUGGGAAAUACGUCGAAGGAAAAGAAUAAGCAGACCGGUUGGGUUGUUUUCUGUGGCAAUUCUACACAGUGUUCGUUCCGCGGACGCAAAACGCUGAUCGUCUUUACGGCCAGAAGCGCUAACAAAGCUGUCCCAGUACUAAGCAGUUGGUGGAAACAGUUGCAUAUGAGGUUUGCACCAGGCAGAGGAUGGUGAAAGCAGCAGCAGUUCACCGUUUGGAAUAGAUUGUUCCUGACGUCAGGGCAAUGACGUCACAGGCCGUGUAUUGCCUCAGUUUGCAGAUACGUCCCCCAACAGAGGAAGGAACCAACGUGGUGGCUACCUCAAGCGGAAAUGAUCUUACCAAAGUGGUCACCACUGCUUCCACGCCGGUCACUGCCCCCGGAGGAGCCAUUAUCACGGGGCUGGACAGCAAGAGCGUUACCCUUACGGAAGCGGCCACCCGCCAACUGCAGACCCAGAUCCAUCUGCAGCAGGCUCAAACACAAACGGCCGCUGCGCACCCGCAGCACAGCAACAUAAUCCUGGUGCGCGGCUCUCGAUCGGAAAAUGGACAAAUUAUUCUCCAGAACACCCAUGAACUACUGAGUCUGUUGAGUGAUGAGGACAAACCUAUUUUACUGCAGCAUCAACGGCUCAAAACCAAAACCGUCCCAGAGGUCACCGCAACGGCCGCCACUGGUAAUACGAUUCUGUUCCAACCGGCGAUCAAGAGCAACGCCGUCGACGGUACCUUUCUGCUGCAAUCCGAUGGAGGCCUCAAGAAAACCGCCCUCACCACGGAUGGUGGUGGACCGAUCUUCCUUCAGCAGCGCCUAAACAAAAACGGUUCCUCCGAAGGGCCGAUUCUUCUUCGCACGCUUAAACGCAUAGAUAAGUCUCAGUCGAUUCUCGUUAUUCGCAAUGCUACAACCACUGCUUCAACUGCCGGCUCCGUUAUGGCCGGCAACGCUUCUUCCAAUAGUGCUUCUACCAGUGUGGCCGGACCGGCAACCACCGCCACCAUAGUUAAGGCAAAACCGAUUCAAAUACAGCAACAGCAGCAACAGCAGCUGAUUCAGCCGGCAACAGCUACUUCGACCACGGCCACCGUCGUAACCGUUAGCUCCGGUGGGGCAUCGAACGUGGCAGUGGCGGAGGAAAUCGACAGCAAAAAGGAGGCGACGCCCCCGGUGAAAAUCGUCCAAAAGCCGAUCAAUUUGCCACUUGGAACAGAUGGCGAACCGAUCAAACUUCCGGAAAAUUUAGAAAGUUUACCACGGGCUGACCAUUUCCCAACCCAGCGACACCGGUGGAAUACUAAUGAGGAAAUUGCGGCCAUACUCAUCAGCUUCGACAAACAUUCCGAAUGGCAGUCAAAGGAGGUAAAAACGAGGCCAAAAAGCGGCUCAAUGUUGCUCUACUCCCGCAAAAAGGUUCGCUACCGACGAGAUGGCUAUUGUUGGAAAAAGCGAAAAGAUGGCAAGACAACCCGCGAAGACCACAUGAAGCUGAAAGUGCAAGGCACGGAAUGCAUCUACGGCUGCUACGUUCACUCGGCCAUCCUGCCCACCUUCCACCGCCGGUGCUACUGGCUGCUGCAGAACCCGGACAUUGUCCUGGUGCACUAUCUGAACGUGCCCUACCCGGACGACAACAAGAUGGCAGUCAUCACUCCCAAUCUGGCGCUGUGGGGUGACAAGAAGGAGUGGACCAAGGAGGAACUGGUCAGCCAGCUGAAACCGAUGUUUUUUCCGGCAGUUUUCAGCGAAGACGAACCGGACGCGACGAACGAGAUCGAGAUCUCCACCGCCGAAACGGUGGAGGCCAUCGUCAGUCAGCUGAUGGAGAAGCAACGGAUGGCGCGGCAGUCGGCGCUGGUGAAGCAGCUGGAGUGCGGCUGCCCGGAUGCGAACUGUGUUGACGGGAAGAGUUGCUCGCAUCCGAUGCGGCGCAUCAGUGCCGCCAAAAGUGAUAUGGGCAAGCGGCCCGACGGUGGACAUUUGGGUGGAACGGCGCCCAAUGUGCUGAUUGGAUCGAGGAUGUACCCCCGCUGGAUAGACAACCGUCGUGCACGGGAGGCCCAACUCCAACAGCAGCAGCAACAGCAACAGCAGCAACAACAACAACAGCAGCAGCAGGCCCACAACAACAGCAUCCUCCAAGACGGAAAUCGAUCCUCACUCGUUCCAAAGGACAACACUUCGAUACAUUUCCAAGUCAUUCCUACCUCUCAGCAACUGAACCACUCCAGCAACAACAAUCCAAAUUCAAUUAGAACAAUUUCCGGCAAUCAUCCUCAUCACCAGCAGCAACAGAAUCCUUCGCAGAUAGUGGUCAGCAGUAGUAGCAGUAAUUUAACCCUCACCCAGCAUCUCAACUCGUUGAACAACAAUAACACUAACUCACAAUUAACAAGUGUCAGUAGUCAUAUUACAAACGGACUGGUCCAGAAUGGCCAGCAUUUGGCCGCGACCCAGCAGCAGCAGCAGCGAAGUCAUAUGAUCAUCGCUAGCAAUAAUUCGUCCUCCUCGCCAUCGUCCACGGCUUCCGGCACCAGCAGCAGCAGUAGUGGCGGAUCCAACAAUCAAUUAACCGCGGGUGGUCGCGACCCAAGCAUAAAUCUCGCGGCCACCGCUAAUGGUGAAGCUGCUCAUAUAUCAAUGCUUGGCCAUCAUCACCCAUCGGCGGCGGCGAGAGGUCCUGGCUCGACUUCGACUUCCGCAUCACAGGCGGGCGAGGGUGUCAAUCAAAGGUCAUCAUCGUCGCAACAGCAGCAGAGACAAGAGGCUAAUGUCAAUAGCAAUAACAACAGCAACAACAACAAUGGUGGUAGCAAUAGCAAUAAUAACGGUGUCGGCGGUGGCCAUCAUAAUCACAUUACGGUUAAUAAUGGUGCGGUUAGCAGUGCGUCAAUGGUCAACCCAAGUGGGGGUGGGGGAACGCCCUCGCUGGUUCUGAGCUUGUCACAGCUCCAAGGCAAUCCCGGCAGUCUGCUGAUCCUGAACGGUCAGCAACAAUCCUUCGUCUGCCACCCAUCUCAGCAGCAGCAACAUCUGCUGCAGCAACACAAAUCGCUUGUAGAUCAGAGUUCUAAGAACGGCCACUUGAGCAGCAGCAGCAGUAGCGGCACCAGCAGCAAUGGCAGUGCCAACAGCAGUAUCAAAAUGGAGAACUCACCGUCCGACGGAUCGCAGCACAACAGCAGUCUAAUACCGAAGCAGGAAAUCAUGGAGUCGUCUUCGUCGCCAUCGUCAUCGUCAAUGGCUACGAAUCAUCACACCGUCGGAGCAGGCCCAACGAAACAGUUCGAAAGCAUGUUCGGUGGGUAUGCGGUGCGACACAGCCCAUCGGGUGGAAAUGGCCACCACGAUCAUUUGCCAUUCUUCAACGAAACACUGGACUUGUCGCAGGAAGACAUCCAGAAGACGUUGAGCGCCAAUAUGCCCCUGGGACAUAACCAUGGUGCGGGUGGAGUUGGCGGAGGUCAGUCGGAGGCUCCGGCGGAUGACGCCAUGAAUGGAGAGAUCAAUCCGAUGGAUUUCAUAGAGAAUUGUGGCGAAGCUCACGAUCCGGUGGAUGACGACGUAUUCGUUAAUUUGGAUGCGUUUGAUAUGUUGGUUGAAUUCCCGGAACUGGAGUUGGAUGCGAAGAGUGCAUUUUUGAAUGGCAGUGAAACGGGUACCGAGGCAGGUGGGGAGAUUGACGACGGAGCAAGUGAUUUGAGCCAUUUCAAGCUUUCGGCAGAUAGCGGGAUCGUUGUGGGAGAUGAGUUGACGGGUCAGCACCCGAGUGAGUCAACGAUUACGGAUUUCAGUCCGGAGUGGGCCUAUCCAGAGGGCGGGAUCAAGGUGCUAGUGACGGGGCCAUGGAGUACCGCUUCGUCCUAUACAGUAUUAUUCGAUUCGUUCCCGGUUCCGACGACGCUGGUUCAGAACGGGGUGUUGAGGUGCUACUGUCCAGCGCAUGAGGUUGGUGUUGUAACGCUGCAAGUUGCCUGCGAUGGCUAUGUGAUAUCGAAUGGAGUUAACUUUGAGUACAAAUCUCCACCCAAAUUUGAAACGAAAUGUGAGGGAAACGGCAAUGACAUGUUGUACAAGUUUAACCUGCUGACAAGGCUGGAGUCGAUCGAUGAAAAACUACAGAUCAAGGUUGAACCGGGAGAAUUGCCCGAAGAGUCAGUCAUGUUCAAGCAAGCCAACUUCGAGGAACGUUUGGUGACUUACUGUCAGACGUUGACGGCCAAGAUGUGGAGAUCGGUAACUCCCGGAUCAUGGAUCGGAAAACAUCGGGGGAUGACGUUACUUCAUUUGGCAUCGGCAUUAGGCUACCCCAAGCUUGUACGCACGAUGCUUACUUGGAAGACGGAGAAUUCGAAUGUCAUUCUCGAGGCGGAGAUCGAUGCUCUUAGCCAGGAUCAAGAAGGAUUCACGCCUCUGAUGUGGGCUUGCUCCCGAGGUCACGUCGAAACGGCGCUCGUUUUGUACAAGUGGAAUCAAAAUGCAUUAAAUGUCAAGAAUUGCGCUCAUGAAAGUCCGUUGGAGGUAGCCAAGAAUCGAGGAUUCCCUAAGUUGGCAGCAGAGCUUGAAAAGCAUGAAUUCCAGCGGAUUCAAAGCAAAAUAUCACUAGCGACAACCAGUGCUUCACUAUCGACGUUGGCGUCCAUCACAUCAUCGUCUUAUUCAACUUCUUCCAGUUCUACUUUAUCUACUUUGGCUUCCAGUGCUUCAGCUGAUUCUUCGUCUGUUCCUUCUUCUACAACUUCCUUAACGAAUCCUUCCACAAUUUUAGCGAACAGUAAUAGUAGUAGAAAUAGUGGCCAUGGCCGCAGAGACAGUUGUAGAUCUGCUACAGCCGAUUUGGCUCACGAUAAUAGCAAUAAUGGUAACGAUACCGAAGGCAACAAUCAUCCGGAAGUUAGUCCGGAGCACAAUUUUAUCAACGAUCUGUUCAACUAUAACGAAGCGCUGAAUAGCAACAACAGCGACAGCUGCAGCAACGACAACUUUGCUCUCUCGUCUUCGUACAAUCCGUCACUUUCGCCUGCGGCCUUGUCGCCGUACAGCGAUAUAAAGGGAUCCUGCUCAUCGAUGGGAUCCGGGCAGAUUGGAUCAUCAACGGCGGCCGCUGGGGCUUUGCAUUACGCACUGGAGAACAACAACUCCAAUCCAAUGUUGUCGAACGCCCUGUCGCCGAACUCCGACAGUAAUCGAAGUCACGACGGGGUGUUUCUACGACCUGGUGCCGUAUUUUCCAGUGGUCAAAGUCCCCCUGGUGCCCGCCUUUCCAAGCGAUCAUCGAUAGACAGUGGAAUAAACAUGGAAACGCGUUCUAUCAGCAAGUCCGGAAAAUCGCUACGAGAUGUCCAACGGAUUAAUAGAAACGACCGAAGCAUGUCGCUUCCAUUAGCUGCCGGUUCGUCCGGUGGCUACUCAUCUCCAUUCGGAGGAUCUUCCACGAAUGGCAGCAACAACAAAUCAUCCAACAAUUCCGACUCAGACAAUUUCUCACUCUCGCUGAAUGAUCGAGCCACGGAGUCCCCCUCGCAAGCAUCCAGCAAUCUGAGCAAUAGUUCGCUGCUUUCGCCGCUGCGAAAAAUGGACUUCGCCUUAUGUGAGGUCUCGGCGGCGCGCAGCAGUCCCAUGUGCGAGGACACCGAUUCGCUGCAGGAGGAUGAACGACACUCAUCGACUGUGGCCGGAAGGGUGGUGUCCUCGUCGUCGUCAACAUCCGCCGCGGUGGCCGUAGCCGAGGCCCUGAUCGGUUCCGUUAGUUCGUUCGGGGCCGGUCAGGGCCAUGGAAUGCAUCAUCUGUUGCACCCGAGCGGUGGGACACAUGGUGGGUUGCAUCACUAUCAACAACAACAACAGCAGCAGCAGCAGCAUCUUCAGGAGGGUGGCAGCGGCAGUGGUGCGGUGGAAAUGAUGGUCACCGGCGGUGGUGGGGGAACUGCAACUGGGGCCGCAGUAGGGGAGUCCGAUGUCAAGGUUCUUACACUUGCCGAACAGAUAAUUGCUGCGAUGCCUGAACGAAUAAAGAACGAAUCAGAAGAAAUCAUGUCUCAAGGUAGUCCUAUGCCGGAAACCUUGAGUGAGGAUUCUUCCGGAAUGGGGAUUCUGUCGGACUCCUUCAUGGAACCGUUGCUCGACCCACUGUCGUCAUCCCAGUUGGAAGAGUUCAACUUUGAAUACAGCGAUCACAAUUAUCGAUAUCACGACGUAGGUACGCCCUGCUCCAGUUUAAGCCCUGCAUCGUCCGGCCCACUGCAGUCUCCCGCCAGUUAUUCCAUUCCUCAAGAUCAACCGGUGAGCUCUCCCAGUCCACCACCAACCACGCAAGAUUUUACCGAAUUCCUUCAGUCUACAAAUUCGAAUCCUUUCGAGAAGGACUUCUCCAAUCUCAAGCUAACCGAUCGUGAACAGCGAGAAUUGUACGAAGCGGCAAAGUGCAUUCAGAAGGCGUACCGCUCGUACAAGGGUCGCAAGAGCCGCAUGGAGGAACAGGACAAGGAACGGUCGGCCGCCGUCGUCAUACAAAACUACUACCGACGCUACAAACAGUACGCCUACUAUCGACAGAUGACCCAGGCGGCGGUCAUCAUCCAAAACGGCUAUCGCUCGUACUGCGAAAAUAAGCGAUUCAAGAAAGCACUCUCCAACAAUCAGUCCGGUCAUCUGAGGGGUACCGUUGGCAGUGGGGAAAGCGCCGAGGAGGCAGCCUCCUCUUCGCAGUGCAUACAAAGCUACUACAAGAACUUCAAGAACGAACAGCAGAAGUCACCGCAGCAGAACAAUCAGGGCUCGCCGAAGGAACCGAGCCCGUCCGGUCCUCUGAAACGAACUUACUCGCAACGAACCCAGAAUCAGGCGGCCAGGAAAAUUCAGCAAUUCAUGAGACAAUCGAAGAACAAUACGUGGGAUGAGCAAAUGACAAAUUUGGCUGCAGAGAGAACGAGCCGAAAAAGAGAAGCAGGUCCACCAACGCAGGGCGGAGUACCUCCAAAGCUUGCAGUACCCCGGAGCACCGGCAGCACCCGAAGCACCGCCUACCAGCGAUCCAAAGUAAACUGAGCGACUUCGGCUGGGUAAGAGACAAACUGGAAGCAGCGAAAUCAAAAGCGAGCACCGCCGCGUUUGUUAGCAAACAAGCGAACGAGGGUUGACGAAUUUCCUUUGUUUGAGUUUCGUUUCCCGUAGAAAGCAGAGCUUUCUUCAACGAAUUUUUCAAUGAGUUUGUUUUGAACAUUGGAAAAUAGGAAAAAGAAAAACAGUGCUGAUUUUAUGUCCACCGAUGAUUUACAUUUUGAACCACUAUCGUUAUUCGAAAUGUUUCACGCAUGCGAGCUUGCAUGCAAUGUGAAAUCCAACAAGAACUUGCAUAGGAUUAUUUUUUUCGAUUGAAGGAAUUAGUUAAUCAUGACGAGGGUAAAGUCAACAAUCGCGGCCAUUGACUUACUAAAUCAGAUACCUGACUUUUUUCUAUAUAGACGAAAAAUCACAGAUGAUGUUAGAAAAGCAAAACAAAUAUUAAAGUAAAUAUGAGCAAAUUGUGAUUAUUGAAAUUUUUCAUUUUUGAAUUAAUGAAAAAAGCACAUCUAAAGUGUGUAUUUCCUAGUCUACUUAAAAGAUAAAAGAGAAGCUACAAAUAGAUAGAAACUACCAGGUGGAAAAUUUAUUGUAAAAAGCAAACAUUUAAAGCAGAUAUUUUUAUUAACAGUAGCCAAUGAAACUCUUAAGCAAAUAAGCGGAGGAAUAUUUAUAGAAGAAAAAAAAACAAGAGAGAUAGAGAUACAUUUUUAUUAUUAGAAGUUUAAGCGAUUGAAAUUGUGUAAUCCAUACACGCGGAGUGGAAAAGGAAGUAAAUCAACAAACGAAACGGGGGGGAAAUAUUUUAGAGAGAAAUCGAUGGCGAUGGCUGUCGCGGUUGGGUGGAAAAACUUGAUUUUUGGACAAGGUCGUGGGGUGUGUGCGGAAAAAAAAGACGAGGAUGGCGGCCUUGGCUUAGAUUUGCCACCUGAAGAAAAACCGGUGGCGAAGGAGAGUGCAAAAUCACCUUCUGAAACUAAUCAGUUUGUAAAACAAAAAUUGGAGACAUAUGGUGCGAACUGCUCCGAUUGGUGUAAAUAAAUGAUUGACGGCUCGUUAGACGAAUGUUCAGGACCUAAGAGAAAAAGUUAUUUCAUUGAUGAUAGAACUCUUUUUAGUUUUCUAUUUGAUUGUUGGUUUUGUUGUUCUUGAAGAAGUAUAUUAUCAUAGAAAUGUAGGGGAAUACUGGCGCCAUUUAUCUCUUUGUAGGUGGACACAGUAAUUCGUGCGAAAUAUUGAUGAAUUUUAAGCAUUACGCUUUAAUCCAAUGCGCUAAAAAUUUAUUAUAGGAAUCACGGAAAUACACACACAUAGACAUAUAUGAAAAAGAUAAACAGUGAUUUAUUUACUCUAUAGAAGACGAGCGUCCAUCUUAUGACUUUGAAGACUUGUGAGAGAUUAAAAAUGCAAAACCAAAUCACUACGACUAAUCGCAAAACUGAGGAACAUAGCAAAAGUUCAUCAAUAUUUCUCAGAAAAUAAAAAUUAAGAAACUUAAGAUGCAAGCAAGUUUACUACAACAAACACAUCCAUUUUAUUAAGAUAAGAUAUUUAGAACAAAAACUACCACGCAUUCACAUAAAAAACAUCAAUUACUAUUACUAUACUACGUUAGAGGAACUUUGAUAGAUGACAAAUGAUAGGAUGAGACAUAAUUCUUGAGAAAAUCUCCAAAAAGAAAAUGAGCAAAAAAAGUUUAAUUCGAAAAACGCAUAACCUUGAAUCAAAAAACGUUACUAUCAAUUUAAAAUAGACUAAGAUGAGGAGGAAGGAACAAAUAUACCGCAGUUGAGGGAAGUUCGUUGAAAACAAAAUCCGUAUGAAGCAUGAUCAUCGUGGCAUUUCCACAUUAAUCUGUAUAGUUACGCAAACAUAAAAAACAUUUACUUUUGUUAGAUAAUUCAGUCUUCAUUUCCGUAGGAAGAAACGGUUUUAAAGAUGAACGUUUAAGCGGUUGUGGUAGUUGGAAUAUUCUAGAAUCAUGCGCAUUUUUCUUCUUUGUUUACUUCUAUUUCGUGUUUAUUUAGUACGAAAACUUUAUGUUUGAACCAUUUUCAGAAUGGAUAUCUCAUGCCUAUUUUUAUUUUCAGUGCAACUGAACACCGUAGUGAAAUCCAAUCAUUUUUAUGUAGUAUUGCCUAAAGAAAAUCUAUUCUUGAACCUUGUAUAUCAGCUAAACUUAAGAAAACUUCGAAUUUUAGAGUCACGAGUCGCGAGAAUUUCGGAAACAUUAUAAAAUACUGAUCACCAUCUACGAUUGGCUUUUUAUUAACGAAUAUUGGCAGGUCCAAAUAAAAUUCAAUUUGCAUAAAAAGAUACUUUCUUAACACUCGUUGAACGAUAUCCUAAUGAGAUUUAAAUAAAAACAAGAAUGGAGCUUUAAAUUAAAAUAAUUAAAGAAAAAACCAUAACAUCUACUAUUUAAACAAUGCACAUAAAAUGUUCGACAUUUAGUCACUGUAUUCCUUUAUAAAACUACUCCAAACCAAUCCAACUACUUAUGGCAAACCUGUUGCGCUGCCUCCUACAAACAACUGAACAAAAGACGAACAAAUCUAAUUUCUUCCAUUUUUCGAUUCUCAGUACUGUAGUAAUCUUUGAAGAUAAAAGCGUCAAAAACAUGAAAACACAAAAAACAAGCAAAACCAAAAACAUGCACACAAAAACACGAUGACUCGCGGUUUUGAGAGAGAUCAAUGAUUGUUCCUUGUUAAGUUAUUCGACUACUAUAGUGAAAAUCUUUGCACAUUAUUAUGUUAAUAUUUGCUUCCAGCGCCUUCGCUGUUUCUGGCUCUGUUAAGCGCUAUAUCGUUUCGUUGCGGAUGUUAUUUUUUAGUUUUUUCGCGCUCCUCUUCUUUCACGUUGCAAUAUCGUUAGUAAAAUUCGGUUUUUCUGUUUUAGCUUUAGUGCGUAAGUGUUUCAGCUGGUGCCACGUGCACGGCACGAUCCGUAUCUCUAACAUGAUAACGAUAAUAAAUUGUUGUUAAAUUUGAUGAUGCUAUUCCCAAGUCAACCGAUUUGAGUUUUUGUUUCAUUUCACCUUCCUUCAGUAGUAGGUCCUCCUGCACACCGCCGCAUGGUUCGAUUUUAGUUUCAUUUGCUUUAUUUGCCGAUGC